UAGUGCGCACUUUCGUCGUGUUUUAGGAUUCUGCGAUUUUAUAAACUUUAAUUAAUUAAUUACAAAUUAUAAAUAUAUUUGUUAUCAAAAGUAAAUUCUUAUAUUAUUUUGAACUAUAAUUAAAAUUUGUGAGUCGUUUUUCUUGUGUUUUAAAUUUGGAUACGCAUCGCAUCAUCUGAUCAGAAUUAUGAGAAUAAAAAAUCCCUGACCUUUAGAGAUUCUAUUUUAGAAGCGAAGCAAAGUAUUGGAAAUUGCAUACGAUCAGUUUUUAUGUAAAAGAAACUAAAAUAUUUUACAUUAUAAAUACGAUCUGUAAUGGAAUAUGUAUUACCCUUGAAAAAUUGUAGAGCCUUUUACCAUUAAAAUAAAAAACUCGAGUCUAAAAAAUAAAUUUUUGAUUCUUAGAAUAUAUAACAUUUUUUUGAGAUUCAGGGGAAUUAGUAUAGAAAAAAAGUUGGUAUUUUGCAAACUUUUCAAGAAAAAUGAAAGUAGCAUUAUUUUUCUCGGCACUUUUAGUAGCUAGUCGUGCUGAUGCAGAAAACGUUUCAGAAACUAUAAAAAAUGCUUUAGCUGACGUUUCAAAUGGUACAGUGAACAAAAUUUUCAAAAAAUUAUUGGAAGAGUUGAAAGGAGUUAUAAAACAUGGAAGCAAAUUUUUUGGAAUUCCCUCCAUGGAUCCUUAUGAAACAGGACCAGUGAAUACAACAAUAAAAUCAGAAGAUAUAAGAGCAAAUCUUUCAGUUCUCAAUAUAGGUAUUUUUGGUCUCUCGAAUUAUGAAGUUACUAAAGCAGAAAUUAAAGGAAUAUCAAUAAUAAGCAUAGGUUUUGAUUGGCCUGAAUUGAAAGGAAAUAUAUCAUCCUAUGAUAUAAGUCAUGGCCGAGUGAUGGAUUUUGUUAACAUUUUCGGAAAUGGAGACGCAGUGUACAAGUUUAAGAAUUUAACAUUUAUUUCGGAUAUUUUUCUUCAAUUCAAAAAUAAAGAAGCGUCUGUAAAAUAUAUGAAAUCGGAAGUUUUUCUUGGAGGUCUUGAGUUUUAUACCGAUGGAUUAUAUGAUGACAAAAUGAUAUCUGAAAAGAUGAGUUAUGUUAUUUCUGAAAUUGGACCUACUGCCAUCGAAAUGAACCAAAAAGAAUUGACAGACGCAAUUAAUAAUCGAUUAAUAAAUAUUCUUAAUAAAUUUCUCCGAAAAUUUACUGUUGAUGAACUAUUCGAUUCUGUAACUGGGAUACUUCCUGGGAUUAAACGAACUAUUCGAGAGGAAUAUGACACGGUCCGAGAUACAAUUGUUUCCAUUAUCUCCUAAUUAUGAUUAUUCAAAAAAGAAUGUAUGUACAUUAAACAAUGUAAAAUCAAACUAAAAAAAUCCAUCACAUGUUUUUCUAUUUUCUAUUCUGAAUGUAAUUGAAUGGGCAAAUAAAAUAUUUUGCAACUUCACUUCAUGACCCUAAAAACGUACUGUUUCAAGUUUCAUUGAACAAAGUGAUAGUUCAUGCCAUCAUAGGGUAGUUUAAUGGAAUUACUUCUGGUAAUUGUAAUAAAGAUUCGCAGUAGUGAAU